AUUAAAAGAAAAAAUAAAAUGCAUGAUCAGUAUGGAUUUGCUAGAAUCAGAUUAUGGGGAAUCGAGAAUUUGAAACAUGAUACAGCCUUUCCCCCUCCAACACCCGAUAAUGCAUACGCUGAUUUUUUGCUCAAUCUUACGCCCGACAAAUUCCCAGACUGGCCUGACCAUAGAUUAGAGCUCCGUUUACGUGUUAUCCUGGGACCCACCGGAGAUCUGACUAUGACAACUCGUAUAAAAAACGUCAACACUAAUGGGGAGCCUUUCACGUUCAAAUUCGCCUAUCACACCUACUUCUCCGUCUCAAAUAUCCGUUUAACUCGGAUUGAAGGAUUGCAGACGUUGGAUUAUCGGGACUAUGUGGAGGGGGUGGACAACAACCAAUUCACUGAAGAGGCUGAUGCAAUCACUUUCAAAGACAGAGUGGACAGGGUAUAUAUGAACACUCCCGAUGAGAUCCGUAUUAGGGACCUUGAGCUUAGAAGAGUUAUUACCAUUCAUAAAGAUGCUGGUCUUCCUGAUAUUGCUGUGUGGAAUCCAUGGGAAUUUGAUGCAAGUAUAAUAGAUGAUUUAGGAGAUGAAGAGUAUAAGGAGAUGGUUUGCGUUCAGGCAGCUGCUAUGGAGAAUGAAAUCACUUUGAAUCCGAACGAAGAGUGGACCGCGACUCAGCGCCUUUCUGCCGAGGAAUAUUCUGAUAUGAUUUAAUGAAAUAUUAUUAACUGAAUGCAGUUUUGUUACUUUGCAGUUUCUAAACAUGUAAUAUUUCAUAAAA